CCAUUUUCUUAAAGGCUGUUAAUCUCAGGAUCCUCUCAAAGCACAGUACUCAGAUAAGAAAUCUAGAAUGUUGUUGGGUCUAGUUAUCAAUUCUGGAGGCAAUGGAGAGAAAAGGCCCCUACCGUUCAGGGCUUAAAAAAAAAAAAGUUGCCCUCGAGUCGAUUCCAACUCAUAGCGACCCUAUAAGACAGAGUGGAACUGCCCCAUAGGGUCUCCAAGGAGCGGCUGGUGGAUUCAAACUGCCUAUCUUUUGGUUAGCAGGGAGCUCUUAACCACUGAACCAUCACGGCCCAUUCAGUGCCAAAGCCAAAAAAAACCCACUGCUGUGGAGUGGAGUCAUACUCAUAGUGACCGUAAAGGACAGAGUAGAACUGCCCCAUAUGGUUUCCAAGGAGCACCUGGCGGAUUCAAACUGCCGAUCUUUUGCUUAGCAGCCAUAGCUCUUAACCAGUACACCACCCCACCAAGGUUUCCCAUUCAGGGCCAUAGGCCGUAACUCAGGUGUCCCUACUCCAAGGUCCUUCAACUUGCUUGUUGCUAAGAACUAUUGAUGAAGUAAGGUCAGAAAAUGGGGUCUUGGCCCUUUAAAGGUGCACUCCAGGCGGAGGGGCCUAGGACGGAAGGCUUCGGAGCUAAUAUUUGUACGCCAGCUCCGAAAUUGGAGUCUUGGCCCUUUAAAGGAGUGUGCCAGGGAGCAGAGUCAGAGCGGAAGUUGUAACCAGAUCCGAAGUCCAGCAGAUGAAGGGCGGAAGUAGGGUGCCCAACGUUGUAAUCAUGGCGCAAGACGGGGGACAAGAUGUAAGAGACUACAAUUUGACUGAGGAGCAGAAGGCAGUCAAGGCCAAGUAUCCUCCAGUCAAUCAGAAGUACGAGUAUUUGGAUCAUACAGCUGAUGUCCAGCUGCACGCAUGGGGAGACACUCUGGAGGAAGCAUUUGAGCAAUGUGCAAUGGCCAUGUUUGGCUACAUGACAGACACUGGGACUGUCGAGCCCCUUCAUACAGUAGAAGUAGAAACCCAAGGAGAUGACUUACAAUCUCUUCUGUUUCAUUUUUUGGAUGAGUGGCUUUACAAGUUCAGUGCUGAUGAGUUUUUCAUACCCCGGGAAGUGAAAGUACUCAGUAUCGAUCAAAGAAACUUCAAAUUACGGUCAAUUGGGUGGGGAGAAGAAUUUUCAUUGUCCAAGCACCCUCAGGGAACUGAAGUCAAGGCAAUAACAUACUCGGCAAUGCAGGUCUAUGAUGAAGAAAAGCCAGAAGUUUUUGUGAUCAUUGACAUUUAAGAUACAAAGAAAAGAGUCUCCUAUGAAGAACUGUUGUUUUUCUUCCUUUUGGGAAGAUACCGUGAUUUAACUUCUACAAUAUCCAUUGAUAAAUGGAAACAUGCAGAGCAAAAGAAUGUAACUUAAAGUGUGACUUUCAGAAAUGGAAAAUCAGGGCACAGCCUUGGUCAAUGUCAUCUGAGUAUUAAAAUUUUAAAGAAUUCUUCAGGUGGCAAGUAUGGUCCCUCAUUUAGUAAUUCCUUGCUGUGGCAGCAGGUGCCUCACACCCUUCAUCGGAAAGCCAUCCAUUCUGGUCCCAAAAAAGAUCAAUGAUGUAAGCAGUCCCGGAGAGCCCUUUACUCUGUGGGAGCCGGCUCCAGGAGUCAGGCCCAAGUGCAGCACUCUGGAGCCUUCGCCUGCUCCUCCCAAGCCUCCAUGCUCUUACCAAAUUCAUUAAAAAAAAAAAGGAAUUUGAAAAAAUACAAUCCUAUGCCUAGAAUUUUGCUUUUCUUCCAUGUUGGUUAAGACAGAUAUAUUUUAUAUAUGUACAUUGAGAGUUCGUGUUUUAGAUUGCUAUGGGACAGACCCAUCCUGUAUUGCAGUUGGUUUUCUUAGAAGAAGUAAGUAUACUUUAGCAACUGGAAGACUUCUCUAGGAAAAGCCCUGAUUUUUUGUUUCUCAUUUCACACAUUUUUUGAAGCACUAAUGUUUUGACACUUUUGUUUUCCCGUAAGAAAAAUCCUAUAUCUCUUAUAAAUGGGCCCGCCCUUCUUCUAACAUGUAAUUAUAAUUUAAAGCUUGUAUAUUUAUACUGUUAGAGAAGAAAAGGCAAACUUUUUUAUUUCUUUGUGAGUUUGUUUUUUUUUUUUUAAUUUAGCUACUCAUCUUUAAGGAUGAAAAAAAAAUAAAUUAAGGAUGAGCCCAGGAAAACAACUUGAAAUGAUCUGAACCUUUAGAAAUAGAUGACUUUUAAAAAAUGAAACUGCUUUAGUUUGAUUUGCGACUUUAUUCUAUUUUCUAUUGAUCGACUGGGGUAUUCUUUCUUGUGAUCAAAAGUUUGCAUAGUUGCAGUUUAUUCACAAGGAGAUAAGAAAAGAUUGCCACUGGGUGGUGCCAGAUAUUAUAGUAUCUGUUAACUUGAGCUGAAAGGAAGAGAUUGGCUUUGAACUUUGUAAUAGCUUUUUCUGAGCACUGUAUCACUGUUAUUUUUCUCUGGGUACGGUUAAGCACUGGACCACUGACAAAGGUUGGCAAUUCAGAUCCACCCAGGGGUGCCUCAGAAGAUGGGCCUGGUGGUCUGCUUCUGAAAGGUCACAGCCUUGAAAAUCGUAUGGAGCAGUUCUACUCUGCAUGCGUAGGGUCACCAUGAGUUGGUAGGGAAUCAAUUUGAUGGCAACUGACAAUAACAUUUAACAGAAAGUGGGGUUGGUGAAGACUAGUCCAGGAGCCUGUGGUUUGAACAGCUGUUCUUCAAAUGAAUAUGUAACAGGAUCACUGGGGUAGUGCCUCUCAGGCACAUUUUGUAAAUGUGAAUUAUUCCUCUCCAAGCAACAGGGGCUUUUUUACCUUUUGUUUGGUUGAGAUAGAGCUCUGUUUUUCAUGGACCGCUUUGCAUAUCAUGGGCUACUCUGGGGGUUGAUUGUGAGAAUGAACAAUGGAAUACCAUGAGGGCAAUGGAAGAUCCAACUCCAGAGCAAGAAGAGCGCUAGAAUUGGGAUAGAUUUAAAGCCAUGUAGGGCAUACACUUGGAUUCUGUAUGCUUUUGACGAGGAAGAAAAUUGUGAGUUAGCCACCAAUGCUCUAUGGUAGGGUUCAGUAAAAACAAGUCAGAUGUAACUAUGUAAUAUUAUAUUUUCUUCACAAUAAAGGUAUUACUUAUGACAUUCUAAUAUAA